GCCGGCCCUUGGGGCCCCUUUGCCCCCGGAGUCAUGCGGUCCCCCUUGGCCCCUGGCAUCAGCCUCUUCCGCAGCUUCUCCCGGGAUGCUUGGUAUCGGGGUUCCGUCCUCUUUCUCACCUUCAUCAUCUACACCUGCUAUCACCUGUCCCGGAAACCCCUCAGCAUCGUCAAGAGUCAGCUGCACCAGAAUUGCUCGGGGAAGGAUGAGGCACACAAUCACUCCAACAGCAGCACCUGGUGCAGUUGGGCCCCAUUCGACCAGGACAACUACAAAGAGCUGCUGGGAGCCGUGGACAACGCCUUCUUGGUGGCCUACGCCAUUGGCAUGUUCAUCAGCGGCGUGUUUGGCGAGCGUCUCCCCCUACGUUACUACCUCUCCUCCGGGAUGCUGCUCAGCGGCCUCUUCACCGCGCUCUUUGGCCUUGGCUACUUCUGGAGCAUCCACGCCCUGUGGUACUACGUGCUCAUCCAGAUCUUUAACGGGCUGGUGCAGACCACGGGCUGGCCCUCCGUCGUGACCUGUGUCGGCAACUGGUUCGGGAAGGGGAAGCGCGGACUCAUCAUGGGUGUCUGGAACUCGCACACAUCUGUCGGGAACAUCCUGGGCUCCCUGAUCGCGGGCGUCUGGGUGAGCUCCGCCUGGGGCCUCAGCUUCCUCGUGCCUGGGGCCAUCAUGGGGGGCAUGGGCCUCAUCACCUUCUUCUUCCUCAUCGAGAACCCCGCGGAUGUGGAUUGUGCCGUCCCACAGCACCACGCGGGGCCGGACCAGGAGGCGGGCGCCUCGACGGACUCUGUAUGCGACCCCUGCCCCAGCGGGGAGACGGGCAUCGAGACCUCCGGGAGCUCCAAGGAGCCGGCAGCACCCCCGGAAGCCAUCAGCUUCCUGGGCGCCCUCAGGAUCCCGGGAGUGGUGGAGUUCUCCCUGUGUCUGCUCUUCGCCAAGCUGGUCAGCUACACGUUCCUGUACUGGCUGCCACUCUACAUCGCCAACGUGGCUCACUUCAGUGCCAAGGCCGCCGGCGACCUGUCCACGCUGUUUGACGUCGGGGGCAUCAUAGGGGGCAUCCUGGCCGGACUCAUCUCGGACGCCACCAACGGCCGGGCCACCACCUGCUGGACCAUGCUCAUUCUGGCCGCCCCCAUGCUGUUCCUCUACAACCGCGUGGGUCAGCAAGGACUCGGCAGCUCCAUAGCGAUGCUGAUUGUGUGUGGGGCCCUGGUGAACGGUCCCUACGCCCUCAUCACCACCGCCGUCUCUGCGGACCUGGGCACGCACAGGAGCCUGCAGGGCAACGCCAAGGCGCUCUCCACGGUCACCGCCAUCAUCGACGGCACCGGCUCCAUUGGAGCCGCCCUGGGCCCGCUGCUGGCCGGCCUCAUCUCCCCGACGGGCUGGAACAACGUGUUCUACAUGCUCAUCGCCGCCGACGGCCUGGCCUGCCUGUUCCUCUCGCGGCUCGUGUUCAAGGAGAUCCAGAGCUGGCGAGGCCUUGGCCGGAACCAAGGCUAUAAACGGUUCUGAAGUCCCGCUUGGAGCGGGUCAGCCGGGCCGCACCUACCCACCGGGAGCGGACACCCCCCGGCCCGCUAGACACGGCAAAGACUCGUCAGCCCCGGAAAAGGCAGGAGCCUCAGGCCCAGCGUGCCUCAGGGGGCUUUUUUGGGGGGGUGGCGGGGCGGGGCGACCCACCCCGAAACACAGAUU